GGAGACUAGGGGUUUUAUUUUGUUUUCUCUCUCUCGCUCUCUUUGUUUCGUAUAUAAAUCCCAUUUUUAGGGUUUCUGAUACACUGAGCUAAAGAAGAGUAGCAGCGGCGGAACAGGAGUGAAGAUAACACGAUGGCGAGGAUCAAGGUUCACGAGCUGAGGGACAAGUCGAAGAGCGAUCUGCAGAAUCAGCUUCAGGAUCUGAAGGCUGAGCUCGCUCUCCUCCGUGUCGCUAAAGUCACCGGCGGUGCUCCCAACAAGCUCUCUAAAAUCAAGGUUGUCAGGAAAUCAAUAGCUCAGGUGUUGACAGUGACUUCACAGAAGCAGAAAUCUGCACUCAGAGAAGCAUACAAGAACAAGAAGUUCAUCCCUCUCGAUCUCCGUCCCAAGAAGACCCGUGCUAUCCGCAGACGCCUCACCAAACACCAGCUCUCUUUGAAGACAGAGCGCGAGAAGAAGAAGGAGAUGUAUUUCCCAAUAAGGAAGUACGCGAUCAAAGUUUAAGUCUUAGCUACUAGAAACUCUGUUUCUGCUUUGUGUUUUUGAUGCAAACUUGUUUUGUUAUUGGCUUUCUGCUAUUUUCUCAAACAGUUUCACCAACAUGGAUUUUGGUUCCUAUUGAUACUUUGCAUUUUAUCUUUUGCUCACUUUCAUAUUUUAACUUGUGUUAUUCA